AUGGCUAAAAGGACUAAAAAGCCAAAGUCAAAGCAGCCCACAGCCCGUGUUGGACGCCCUCGGACCCGCGCCGUCAAGGAUAAGGCUCGAGAGGUUGGGGCUACAACUUCUACAUCCAGUACAUCAACUACAAAACCUUCCCAGAAGCGCCGAUUGGCUAUGAAAAAAGCUGAAACUGCAGAGAAGAAACUCCAGCGAAAAGACGAGGAGUCAGAGGAGAUCACAGCUAAACGAAGACGACUCGAUGCAAUAAGAAAAAGGAAGGCGCGUGUGGAAGAGACGGAGGAAGAACAUAAGAAAAGGACAUCUUCCAAUAAAGAAAGAACAUCAAGAGCCCGUUCAGAAGAAACAGAAGAUCAAUACCGUCGCCGGAAAUCUUCAAAUAGAGUGAGUACAUCAAGAGCCCGUUCCGAAGAAACGGAGGGAGAACGUAUUCGUAGAAUGCUAGCCAACGCUGAAAGAACUUUCAAAGCCCGUUCAGAAGGAACAGAAACCGAUACUUUGAAAAGACGUGCUCAGAAUAAAGAACAUAUGACUGUGACACGUUCUACGGAGUCUCCUAAAGCUUCAGAAUCUAGGAAAGAGGCAGACCGGAAACGACAUAAUUCUCAUGUCACUGAAGAUUGUGGAAUAGCCAGAAAAGACGUGAAAGUCGAGGAAAAUUAUCUUGGGAAAAUGUCGAUACAAUGCUCAAGCUGUGGGGAACAGCCCCAGAGCAAAAAGUUCAAUACAUGCUGUCGACAUGGAUUGAUCCAACUUCCUCUGUUUGAUAAUUUUCCGAAAGAACUCCACGAGCUCUUCACAUCUUCUACUUCGGAGUCUGCUGAAUUUUUGAAAAACAUCAGGACUUACAACAACUCCUUGGCAAUGGGUUCCAUGGUCGCACACGUGGAUACUCCAAAAGGAGGUGGUCCAUACACUUAUCGACUGCACGGGCAAGUGUACCACGUCACUGGAGCUCCACAUCCGGAACCUGGGCAAGAGCAUCUCUGUGCCCAAGUCUUCAUCCUUGACACCGAGGAAGCAGCCGCGGAGCUCGCGAAUAGAAAAACCAAAGUAUCGUGCUCCAAAGAUCUAUACAAGAAAUUGAUCGAUCUACUUCACAUGUACAAUCCAUUUGUGAAGUCAUAUAAAAUGAUGCGAGAGAAAGAGGAAGAAGAGGAAUUAUUGGCAACAGCCGAAAACCGAGAUGUUAGAGAAGUGAAGAUGGUUUUUCGAUCGAACACAAAUUUGAACCCCAACAGAUACCAACUUCCAACAGCUGAAGAAAUCGCUGUGGUGUUUGUUGGCGACGAAAACGAAAAUCCUGGAAAAAGAGUCAUCACAGUCUAUCAAAGAUCCACAGGAACUUUUCAAUAUCUUUUGGAUACUGAUAAAGAGACAGAUCCAUUGUGCUAUCCUCUUCUCUUUGUGGAUGGAAAAUAUGGAUGGCACGUCAACCAGAAAAGACAAGAUGGACAUGGAGGAACGACCAAGAUGAGUGCUCGGGAGUUCUAUUCCUACUACCUUCACAUCCGUCCGACCUUCUCUCCACUUCAUCACGCAAAAAAGCUUUUCCAACAAUUUUGCGUAGAUGUCUGGACAAAAAUCGAACAGGAUCGUCUCAAUUUCAUCCGGCAACAUCAGGAUAGACUCCGAGUGGAAUUAGUACAAGGACUGAUGGAUCACAUCAAUGCAGAAGAUGAUGGUCCAUGCGGAAAAAGGAUCUUUUUGCCAAAUACUUCACCCGUUUCCNCAAGGCAUUUUGUUUCCCUUUACCAAGACGCUUUGGCUGUUGUAUCCAGAUUCGGAAAGCCUGAUUUGUUUCUCACGAUCACGUGCAAUCCAAGCUGGAAAGAAAUCCAAGAAGCUUUGUUGCCAGGACAAGAACCUGUCGAUCGUCCGGACAUUGUUGCACGAGUCUUCAAACUCAAAAUUGAAGAAUUAAAACAAGACCUGUUCAUCAAGCACAUUUUUGGAGAAGUAGCUGCCUGGAUUUUUGUCAUCGAAUUCCAAAAGCGAGGUUUACCUCACAUGCACCUUCUGAUGAUUUUGAAAAACAAAUGGAAGCCUAGAAGCACCCCAGUUAUGCAGCUCAAAGUGCAUCUGAAGAAUGCCCAAGGAGUCGUCUAUAAAGAAGGAGAAGAAAAAGAUGCAGCAGAGAGAGGACAGCUCCGAGAAACAACACUAACAGCGUGGUUUGCUGCAAACAAAAGAUGUUAUGAUGAGCUUGAAUCGGCUGGAAUGAUUCCAGAAGACGUUGUGGACUGCCGAGAUUUGCAAACCGUUGGAGGUGUCUUUUAUGAGAAAUUUGUGGAUGCUGCGAAAGCUGCCGGAUACUUGACUGAGGACAUUUUCUAUGAAAAGUCGUUGGAAGAAGCAGCGUCAUUUCAUUCUGCACCACAACUGAGAGGAUUCUUCGUCACUCUGCUGAUGUUUGGGGAAAUUCAUAAUGCUGAAGAGUUAUGGUACAAAUUUGUGGAUGACUUCUCAGAAGACUUUUUAUACAAGCACUUACCAAAAGAAAAAGCCGAAGCUCUUGCUUAUAAUGAUCUUAUUGAUAGAAUGAAUGCUAUGGGAGAAAAGCUGGAUAAAUGGAUGAGCCUUGGAUACGAGAGAAUCAUUCCAGACGACGUCAUUGAUUUUGAUUACUGCUCAAAAGAAGGAGAUAGGAUGAGAUCAACGUUGGUAGCAGAACAAGAAGAAGUUGUGAAGGCAGUUUUGGAUGCUGUGAAAAGUGGAGGAGGUCUUAUUUACGUGGAUGGACCAGGAGGAAGCGGCAAAACAUAUGUAUACCUUACUCUCAUCAACAUCCUCCAAGGUAUGCAUCUGAAAGUCAUCCCAAUUGCGUGGAUUGGGAUCGCUGCAUCUCUAUUGCCUCAUGGAAGAACGGUGGCUUCCUUCUUCCAUCUUAACAUCAAGGAUGGAUGUAAGACAUCAACCAUCCAUCUUCAAUCCGCCGAAGCCAAAUACCUCGCCGAACUUGAUGUCGUAUUUUGGGAUGAGGCUCCUAUGAGCCCCAAAUCGUCACUUGAAACAGUGGAUCAGCUUUUCCGUGACGUCACCAAAAUCGAUAAACCAUUUGGCGGAAAAGUGAUCAUCCUUGGAGGCGACUUCCGACAGUGCCUUCCAGUUGUGGACAGAAAAGGAACAGAUGAGCAAAUUUCAAAUUCCAUCAAAAGAUCUCAUCUUUGGCCACUUUUCCAAGUCUACCAUUUGAAGACCAACAUGCGUGCCCAAAAUGCUGAUGAAGAAUGGAAAAGGUAA